GGACACGAUUUAGCCGACAGUGUCAGAUAGGAUUUGGAAUAGCGACAGUCGUCGAUUGGAACCUGUUGCAUCCUGCUGGUGUAAAGUGAAGCCUCAUGGUGGUUCGUUGUCAUUCACAGUUUGAAGAAAAACUAGUGCUUGAAUUGUGAUAAAACAUUGAAAAAGAAGUGGUGUUAAGCGUUAUUGUGACAUUUGAAGGUGGAGUUGUUCGUGCUCGGUUACAAGAAAGAAGCAUAGAUUCAAUCAUAUUAUCCAAUCAUCAGAUCUGGUUCAGUAUGCUACACACUCGCAAGAUUGCGCUUCUACUGGUCGGGCUGGUAGUGUUGGUGAACGCCCAAACGUUUCAGUACUCCCGUGGAUGGACAAACGGCAAACGAUCUUCGUCGAUGGAACCAGUUGCUAACCAGGGAUUGGUGUCCGGCGUGUCCCCCGGAGCACUAAGCUCUCUAAAACCAAAUGAAAAAUCAUUACUGCGCCGUUUUCUGCGGAACCCUUGUGAUCUUCGCAUCGCUAAUCUGUUUGCCGGGCAUCUCGCUAAAGAUGCGUUCCAGCUGGGUAGCAACAAUUACGAUAGUUCCGAGUCAGCAGGAUCCGCCUUCAUUUUACCACAAUUUCUAAUGGAUCCUGACGAAGGCAACGGAAACGGUGGAAUCGGCGGUAAUUUGGCCAACGGUCGUCCGGUCGACGACGAAUUGCGCUUCAAGCGCGGUGCAUUGUCCGGUAACAGUGAUCCUCGUCAGAAAAUUGCUUAAAAACCUAUCCAUCAGCCGUCAUCACUCCCCAGUCACAGUCAGUCAAUCGAAGAUGAAGUACGAAACAAAAAAAAAACUAAACACACGCUAAAUCUGCGGAAGCAGGUGCCACGUUCCGGGAUUGUCCACGUGACCGCAUUCAUUGCGCAACGUCUAUCCUCGAAAGCAGCACGCCAACGAUGAUUUGGUAAUGAUCCACUCCGGAGUCCGGAGGAAGAAGCGACGAUUAUCCAUUUGUUGAAGUUUGGCACGAUGUCCCUGUUGUCCCCGAAUCCUCUCGAACGCUUUUCGUCGUCUACAGGGCAUGCUGUUUCCGGUAGCCAAGCGCAGGUACAGGUUGCAGCCCGCAACUAUGUUCAAUAAUGUUGUGUUGUAUUUGCUCCUGGUAGGUUCAAGUAAACCGUGGACCGUGCAAAAACAAAAGUGUAUUAUAAUAGAAGAUAAAGUCAAAGACAGCUUGUCACGUUGAAGCAUAGAGGGCGUAAUGUUUAUUUUCUGGCUUUUUUUCUUCUGCUGCUGGUUGGUAAAGCAAGCGACAUCGAUUAGGACGGAAAACGUCGAUUAAGAAUCACAAAAAAAAGAUAACUGAAAUUGAGUUGUCUCUGCGUGCGUCGGGCUGCCGGGCGGUGCAUGUGGUGCAACUUAAUUGAAAGGUUCACUCAGUGGACGAUCGUCCUUGGCGGUAGUCUGGGAUGGGUCAAAUUAUGGGUUCUUUUUUAUGACGCUCUUCCGACGUGAAUUAGCUUCCCUUCCCAGCGAUAAGCAUGAAUCGGUUCUAAAGUAUGCCGUUGCUCGUGGCUUGUUGAGUUGUUUACGGAAGUAUGAUGAUAGUUUCGAAGGGAUUUCCGGUUAGUUUAGGUUAUGUUUUCUUUUAUUUAAAUGGGAAGAAUAUUGCAUGGAGGCAUCGAAACAAGGAGUUAACCAUGUCGAGGCAGAGGGUCUAUCUCUUAAAAUGAUGUUACCAUAUCUGUAUGUAUCAUGUAGAAGAUGAAGUGGAGAUAUCGUGACUGCAUUCUUUACCAUUCGGAGUAAAUUGAAUAACAUUGCACAUUUUAGAAUAAGUUGAGGCACGGCUGUCCAGCAAUAAUUGUACGUGACUGGGCGCGGCUGAUUGGUCAACUCUUCGGAUAGUCGUUCAUAAUUUUAUAUGAAAAUAGUUCGUACAUUGAAAAUAGCUUCAAACUGGCAAUUAUAUAUAUUUUUUCUUUAGCUCUACAACCUCAAAAGCCUGGUCUACCAUUUCAGUCUCUCUGUAACUCGAUUUUACCCGUAGCAAAAUAGUCAGUCCCAAGUACGGAGCGGCGGUCCGGAUGGGAUUUGAACCCUAAUCCUGUCGCGGUUAUCGCCUCAGCCACCGAACUACCUCCAAGGAUACCCUUUUCUGGGUAUAUUCCUCCGCUUCGUAGCCAAAUAUUAUAAAUGCCAUAAAAAAAGUAUUUUUCAUACCGUAGAUCUUAAACGUGGGCCAUAUGCAUUGUACCGUUGCUUGAAGCUCAGAGCUGUUGUAAUUGCUGGUCCCCUCUCUUUGACAUGUCCGUCAAGUGUUUAGGCCAACCCUUGAACUUAUCAUCAUCAUCUUCUUCUUCUUCUUCUUACUUGGCACUACAUCCUCGAGAGGUAUAGGCCUGCCAUGUUUUGGAUUUCUGUUACUUAAUUUUACCCGUAGUAAAGUAGUCAGCUCUACAUACGGACUUAUCAUAUAAUACAAAAUUACACCAUUAAUAUACCUUUAUAAUUGUUCAAGAAUCGACUUGGAAAUGAUAAUCCUCCAGAAAAUAAUCAUUGAGGGAGAACUGUAUCGGAUUUAGGUCCUCUUAGGAAUUAUUAAUUUGUCAGACUGCCUGAUCAAACUGACACUGAUAGCGGAGCACCCAAUGAUUGCCUAUCCAACACGUGCUGUCCAGUGUAAAUGUAGCAAUUGCUCGGGGACCACUUGCCCAACGUCAUUCAGGUCGUUGCAUGUGAAAAAAGACAGGUCAAACAAACAUUCAUCUAGUUUUGUAAUUUGAUCGGCGUGAGUACAAACGAUGAUUUGUGUACGGUGGUUAAGGUGCAGCUUAUGUACCAAUAAUCCUUCAGGCAUCAGUUCCAUAGCGCACGAAAGAUACGCGAGAUCUGAUUAUUGGUGUGGGACAUAUUUUUCGUUGCAAUCUAAUCGCGCGCCGAUCUCGCUGCCGGUAUGGUGCGUGUGGUUCGUUCGUGUAGAUUUCACACCAGAUGAAACUGUGCAGCACUAACGAUUACAAAGGCCGCACGGGGUGAAAAUAGCCAAAACAGGGGUCGCAAUUCGUACGGUGCGAGAUACCAGAGCAAGCUAGACCCACUUCAAAAGAGCAACACCGAUCAACAUCGUUCAUUCUUUCUUCGACGAGCUGCUUUUUGGUCGAGCUGCAAAAAAGACCCCUUUUUCUCAUCGUGACCCGCUUUGCGAACCCGAAGCAGCUUCGUAUUACUUUAUAAUUAAUUUAUGUGGAUGAAUGAUUGCUUGUUGUGCUCGUUGGCUUGCAGGAGCAGAGUGUGGGCCGUUUCGUAUUUUCCAUGACAGUUUGCAGUUUACCGGUAGGGUUCAAAUUUUUCCCCUGGGUAUGUUUCGUGUUUUCCCCGUAACUAAGAAUAAUAGAAACAAGUGAAUCUUUUCGCUGGACAUUUCGCGUUUAUCACUCCAAGCAUAACGAGACAUAUUCUUUGUGACGUUUGGAUGUCGCCUUUUGUUUUUUAGUUAUCACAGUUGUGCGAAAAGAUCAGUCUGCAGCAUAAAGGAAUCAACGCAGAUUCUUCUGUCCUUUUUGAUAUGGACAGAUUUUUUUUCAAUUGUAUCUGUCCAUUACAUUUUAUGUUUUGUUUUGUGUUGGAUAGAAGAUACAAAUGAAAGAACCAGAUCUACACCUUGAACGCUGUAACAACCGGUGUUGAAAAGGUGGUAGAAGAACUGUUGUGGAGAGUUGUAUGCUUAGAAAUUCUUAGAGGCUACGCGUUUUUUCACGCCGUCAGGUGAAAUUCAUUUAUCUUUAAAGAAUUCAAUUUGCCAGAUUUUAAUCAACGCUUCCGGUGGCCUGAAACGUUUCGGACGCAAGGUAGAUGCGCACAUUCCGGAAUUAGCCGAUCAUAUUUAGGGCAGAAAUGCUAGUUGAUGGAGGAUGAUGCUUCAGGCACGGGUGAAUAAUUUAUUUGCAUUAACAAUAGCCGAGAAACAAAUGAAGGUAGAGAGAAACGAAAGAAAAUCGGACACUGGUACGGGAGGUUGAGAUUUUUUUUUGUAAUAAAAUUAGGCCUUAGGUAACUCGUAGACCUUAAGGAUAGGAGAUGAUAGGAGAAAAAUUUGCGCGCGUUUGGGAUUUCUAAAAUAAUAUGAACGCUGUCCAAUUUAUUUAAGGAUAAACGAAAGUGAAACUUCAUCGCAUAUUCAACGAAGCAAAAUAUAACAAUGUUAAUUGA